UUGCUGCACUGUAUUCACGGAUGUGUCUGAGUCAGAAAGAAGAAAUUCCAGUGGAUAAGGGGGCUGUCUUUGAUAACUGUGAACGAACAGAUUGUGGAUAUCAUAAUGAGAGAAUACUUUGGUCAGCCUUAAACUUUGACUACAAAUCCAACAACCUAGGUUCCUGCCUUUAUUGCUUCAUUCACGUCUUUUCACAUAACGUUGCCAGUUGUAUUCAAGUUUUGUCAAACCCCAGAACAGUAAAACCCAGUUUGAGUCCGAGCUCAAUUCUUUUCUAGUUUAAUUUGGUUACUGAUAAAAUUUCUGUUCACAUCUUCUUGAUACUAGUCCAUAUCAUAGGCUGGUAUUUCCUAUGCAUGUUUGUCGCAUCAGGAGCUUUCUAGGGCUAGGCAUCCCCACACCAACACAAAGUAUCCAUCUCUCCCAUUGCUGAUCUACCAGUCUAGAACCUCCCAAUGAUGGAGACUAUAAUCCCCGCCAGACUUAAAAUUUCCCAGCUACAAUCAUCUGCCAGUUUUCAGGCAUGAGACUUUUGGUCACUUGAAUCUGUGACCUUAGUUUUUUUUCUUUUCUUUCCUCAGUCUCCAAUGGCCUUUCUCCAUGAUAACAUCUAUCAGCUUGUUUCUAAUUUUCAGGGUGGCACUAAUCCCACAGGAUUCGAUUUCAAUGUGAAGAACUCCAAUAGCUCUAUGAGGUUUUUACCUACAACAUUCAUUCUACUUGGCAUCCCAGGGCUGGAGGCAGAGCAUAUCUGGAUCUCCAUCCCCUUCUGCCUGAUGUACAUCAUCAUCUUCCUUGGAAAUGGCACCAUUCUUCAUGUCAUCAGGACAGACACUGCCCUACACCAGCCCAUGUAUGUCUUUCUUGCCCUGUUGGCAUUGGCUGAGGUUGGUGUCUCUGCAUCUACCCUGCCUACAGUGCUAGGCAUCUUCCUGUUUGGCACCACUGAGAUUGGUUUUGAUGCAUGCCUUCUCCAGAUGUUCUCCAUCCAUUCCUUCUCCAUCAUGGAAUCAGCUGUGUUGCUAGCCAUGUCCGUGGAUCGCUUUGUGGCCAUCUACAGUCCACUGCAUUAUACUGCCAUCCUGACCAUGCCCCGCAUCAUUGGCACAGGAGUUAUGAUUGGGCUGAAAAGCAUUAUGCUCAUGGCCCCAUUGACCUUGCUCUUACGGCGACUACCCUUCUAUGACCAUGAUGUCCUCUCCCAUUCCUAUUGCCUCCAUCCCAACCUCUUACAUCUACCCUGUGGGGACAUUUCUAUCAACAAUAUAUAUGGGCUUUUCAUUGUUACCUCCACUUUUGGGCUGGAUUCACUGCUCAUUGUGAUCUCCUAUGGGCUCAUACUCCACACUGUACUCAGUAUCACCACUGGAGAGGGGAGAAGGAAGGCACUCAACACACGUGGGUCACACAUCUGUGCUGUACUCACUUAUUAUGUGCCUAUGAUUGGGUUAUCUAUGAUGCACCGCUUUGGACACCAUGUGUCCCCUCUGCUGCAAGCCAUGAUGGCUAAUGCCUACCUCUUCUUCCCACCUGUUGUUAAUCCCAUUGUCUACAGCAUUAAGACCAAAGAGAUCCGUCGUGGCAUUGUCCGAAUGCUAUCAGAGAUGAGGGCCAGAGUUUAGCCAGAGGCCAAAGUUGUAAGAAAUUUUUUUUUUGUAUAUUCACAAGGUAUCCUACAUUGCAUGUUAUGCCAUUGUUGUUACCUUAAAACGUGGGGUCUAAAAGGAGAAUCUUCAUAACCUCGCAGUAAACUGGAGUGGGGAUACAAGUUGGAGUGGUUGUGUGUGGCAGAAUCUAUAGAGAAUUGAUGUUAUUUUAAAAUAUAUUGUGUGACAAGAGGUUUUCCAUUAUCUUGCAUAGCUGGAGCACGCAUACAAGAAAAUUUGUGAAAGCACAGGAUUUUCCAUAAAAAAAUGAUAAUCUGAAGUUGAAAGAUCUUCUGGGAAACCUUUUGAAACUACAUUACUCCUUUAUCUUUUCCACAGGAAAAAACUACUAGCUAUUAUAUUCAGGUAGGCAUGAAGCUAAAUUAGAAAGCCUGAGAAAAUGCAUACAAUAGUAUAAGGAUUUCCACCUUCACUAAGGGGAGGUUAGUUUCAGAACAAUCUUCCUUCCAAGAACAAUUUGUAAAGUUAGAAAGAUAUAUUUUAAAUGGCUUCAGAGAACAUUCAAACCAGUGAGGAUAUAAAGACUAAAAACUCAAAAAGAAGUGAAGCCUGGAGAAGUGACCCUGAUAUUUGGUGACAUUUUCUGUUAAGGCCUUU